AUGACCCUAACCAAACAGAGAUGCGCUCGCAACCCCGAUGACUUUCCUACGGGCCAGCUAUUCCUCUUGGCAAUCGUCCGCCUCGCCGAACCCGUCGCCCUGACUUCCAUCUUCCCCUAUGCCUGGGCUCUUGUCAAAUGGUACAACGUUGGCGAUGAGGGCAAUGCCUCCUUUUACGCCGGGCUCCUCAUCUCCUCGUUCGCCCUCGCCGAGGCCGUGACUGGCAUGUACUGGGGCGGCCUGUCGGAUCGGGUCGGGCGCAAGCCCGUCCUGCUCGUAGGCUGCUUCGGUACGUUACUCAGCAUGGUCAUGGUUGGUUUCGCCAGUAACAUUUGGUUUGCGCUCUUUGGCAGGGCCCUCGGCGGCCUUCUAAAUGGAAACAUUGGCGUCAUCCAAACUAUGGUGGGCGAGCUCGUUACGAAACCCGAACACGAACCCCGAGCUUUCUCCGUCAUGCCCUUUGUCUGGUCGAUUGGCACCAUCAUUGGCCCCGCGAUCGGGGCACCCUCGCCGAUCCCCACCAAAGACGCACCCCGAUCUCAGGGCGCCGACUGGCCCUUCGCCGAGGUCGUGUACAUGUCGGACGAAACCCCGCUGAUCGAGACAUCGGACGCCAUUAAGAGACCACCCGUCGAUGUGCGGUCUGGCGCGUACGGAACGUUUGACGAGUCGAACACAAACAAUAUUGGACCAGCAGUAGACGGUUCUGAAAAGAAGGAGGAUGUCGUCACGUCUAGCAGCAUCUUCACCAAGCCUAUCAUGGCGCUCGUCGUGGCACUCUCGAUAUUCACCUACCACUCGAUGACGUACGACCACCUUCUCCCAAUUUUCUUCGAAGACGAUCGCGUCACUAUGAACGGUAGGCUUGGGGCAGCCGCCGCCCUCGGCGCUCCUUCGACGGCUCUUCUUUACUCGCCUGGCGGUCUCGGGCUCACAGUUAGGGCUGUGGGUGGCAUUAUGGCUGUCAACGGCGUCAUCGCGCUCUUCAUCCAGGCCGUCAUAUUCCCAUUGGCAGCCGAGCGGUUUGGUAUUCAUAGACUCUUCAUUGGCGUGACAGUCCUGCACCCGCUCGUGUAUAUCGUCAUGCCCGGGCUCCUCUAUAUUCCCGAGCGUCUUCUCUACCCAGCCAUCUACUUGUGUCUAACGCUGCGCAACCUCCUCUCCAUUGUUCUGUACCCGCUCCUGCUCAUCCUUAUCAAGGACGCGGCGCCGUCGCCGAAGGCGCUGGCAGGGUCAAUGGCCGGAUACCUGUACGGCAUGGGCAGCAGGAUGGAUUGCACAGCAAUUGCAUGGUUUGGUAGCGCGCUAGCUGCGGUAGUGGGCUCCAUCCAGUGCUUCUCGGUGGAGCGCAAGCGAAAGGUGGCCGCGGAUGAGGAGGUGGAGAGAGUAUGCGAGAGCACGAGCACCCCUCAGGAAUGA